AUGCAUCGUAAAUAUCAGGCUGACUUUCCACUUAACAACGAAAUAAGAAAAAGUAAAUUGCUAGCAUUGAAAUCGCAAUUAAAAGUCCAAGAAAACAUGUUUUCUAGGCCUAUUGAGCAAAGUAAAGCUGCAACAGAAGCUUCUUUUCAAGUAAGCUACAGAAUUGCUCAAAAGUGCAAACCUUUCUCCGAUGGAGAAUACAUCAAGGAAAUCUUUGAAGUAGUGUCAGAAUCGCUGUUCGUGAAUUUCAAAAAUAAAGACGAAAUUAAAAAAGCUAUUCAUGGUUUACAGCUGUCUCGAAAUACAGUGAUGCGCCGUAUAGAAACGAUAAGUAAAAACAUAAACGAACAACUACAAAAAGAUAUCGUCCGCUGUGUUGCUUUUUCGCUACAACUUGACGAGUCGACAGAUAUCACUGAUACUGCACAACUACUUAUUUUUAUUCGGAUGAUCUUUGAAGAUUUCUCGACGAAAGAAGAACUGCUAAGUAUGAUUUCCUUAAAAGGAAAAACUCGUGGCCUUGAUAUAUUCACGGGAUUCAAAGCUUAUAUAAGCCAGAUUAGGCUACCUUUAUAUAAACUCGUAUCAAUGACAACGGAUGGGGCUCCUGCAAUGACAGGUAUUCAUAAUGGUUUAAUUGCUCUUUGUCACAAAGACGAAGAUUUUCCAGACUUCAUUAGCUACCACUGCAUAAUUCAUCAACAAGUACUGGCUAGUAAGAGACUAAACACUAAACAUGUGAUGGAUAUUUCUUUCAAGAUUGUAAAUUCCAUAAAAGGAAAAUCUCUCCAAAGGCGGCUCUUUAAACAGCAAUUAGAUGAGAAGGAACCAGAUUUGGCAUUGCACACUGAUGUAAGGUGGUUGAGUCGAAGCAAGUUUUUGCAAAGAUUUUGA